AUGGAUACUUAUUGGAAUGAAUUUGAGAAUGCCGCCACUUAUGAACAUGCACGUAAUUUUGUUGAACAGCAUUAUCGAUUAACAAAGAAAGUUACGCUUGACACAUUACAAGAGCAAAUAGAUGUAUUGAAGGAUGAGAAUGAACGGAUUCGAAUGGAUAAUGAACACAUUCGAACUGAUACAGGCGACAUAAAGAACCGAUUUGAAUUACAAUCUGAAGAUGAUUGGACUCGUGCAAUUCAUCAUAAUCUUAACAUAAAACGGCGAACAUGCACUACAUUUAUUCCAAAACGUUCAACUACUAAUAAUCUUAAUAAAAAUGAAAAUGAUAUUCCAUGUGGUUGUAAUCGUCUUCGUCGUGAACAUUCUUGGGAUGUUUUCGAGGAAAAACAUAUCCAAUGGAAUCGAAACAAACAUACAAGAUCGGCCUGCAAUAAUGCAUAUGGACAUAUACCGGAUACACAUGCACAUUAUAUUCGCUGUGAUAUUGAAACACCUCCGAAUAUUCUUGCUAAAUUAAUGUUUGAUAUAUGGAAAGUUAAAGACCCACAAUUGAUAAUGUGCAUCAUUGGAGGAGCUAAAUAUUUUAAAUUAGAUGAACGACUUGAAAGAGAAUUUAUGAAAGGUAUUAUUCAAGCUGCAUUGAGAGCAGAUGGUUGGAUUGUAACAACAGGAUUUAAAACGGGUGUUGUACAACUUGUUGGCGAAGCUAUCGAUGAUCAUCGAGUAACUAAUCCACAUAGUCAUAUUACUGCUAUUGGUUGUUCGAAAUGGGGUGCAACUAGAAAUCGAGCAUCACUCAUAUUAUCAAAAAAGUCGACUAAAUCUAUUCAUGAUGCAACAAUAGAUAUCUCAAAGAGAACAAAAGGUGAACAAGAUCUUGAAUCGAAUCAUACGCAUUUUUUAUUACUUGAUGAUGGAACUUAUUAUGGAUAUGAUAUUGGAGAUUAUCGAACAAAAUUUGUUCUCGAAGCUUCACAUUAUAAGAAAUCAGAUGAUGAAAAAGUGCCUAUUGUGACUGUAGUCGUUGAAGGUGGUCCAGAUACAUUAUCAACAAUUUAUAAAGAUCUUUAUAAUAAUAUACCAGUAGUAUUAAUUAAUGGUAGUGGUCGAGUGUCCAAUCUUCUUGCUAAUUUUAUUAAUCGUACAGAAUCAAUAAUUAAUCGAAAUGAAAAAGAUAAUGAUGAUGUUGAUUGGAGAAAAGUAAUCCAUAUGAAAGGAACAAGUGAUAUUGGAAAAUCAAAAACAAAUUUUCUUCCUUAUAUAGAUGAAAUACGUGAUGGUUUAAGAGAUAUAUCUAAAGGAUCAAACUCGUCAGAUGUACAAAUUGAUAAACUAUUAGAAUAUUUUCUAUAUUGUUUACAACCAACUGUUCGAUCGAAAAUUCGAAUAUUUAGUCUUGAUAGUAAUGAAUCUUUAGAUGAUACUAUUUUCGAAGUUAUUAUACAUGCAAAACAACAGGAAAGUUUAGAAAAAAAUAUACCAAUUGAUCGAGAACAAUUAUUACAUUUGGCAUUGGCUUGGAAUGCUAUUCAUGUAGCAAAAGAAUAUAUUAUUAAAGAUGAUUUAAAUGAUCUUGAUUCAGAUGCUAAAGAAAAAUUAUUUUUCAAUGCACUUUUACUUAAUUGUCCACAAUUUGUUAAUAUAUUUAUUAAAUUAAAUUUUAAUUUAACUCAAAUAUUUUAUGAAAAACAAAUAAAUCAACCAUGGAAAUUAAGAUUGAAUCAAUUACUUAGAUUAUAUAACAAUGAUGAUAGCAAGAAAGGUAGAGAACGCCUUUAUUUACUUAAAAAAUGUUGGAACAAUAAACCAAUUAAUUCCCAAGAAGAUCUUGAUCUAAUAUUAAGAAAAUUAAUAGGUGAUUAUUUCAAACCAAUAUAUACUUCUUCAGUCACUAACUUCUGGAAACGAUUAAAACUAUAUUCAUCGAAAACUCGUAUAGCAGAUAGUGAUACAAUUAUGUAUGAAGAUUAUAAUAACAAUGAUUCUGAAGUACCUGAUCCAGAAGAAACUCAAAAAGAAGCUCGAGAAUUUGUUUUUCGUGAUUUAUUUUUAUGGUCAAUAUUAACAAAUCGUAUUGAAAUGUCUAAAGUUAUAUUAAGUCAUAUGCAAACACGUAUAUGUGCAGCAUUAAUAGCAUCAAAAAUUUUGAAAUCAUAUAAAAAUUUUGCUUAUGAUAAUGAAAAAAAAGAUGCCUUAUCUCGUCAAGCUGAACAAUUUGAAAUAUAUGCAAAUGAAUGUUUAAAAUAUUGUUAUAAUUAUAAUGAAGAAACAGCACAUGAAAUUGCUAUACGAAGUAUUAAUAUAUUUGGUGGUGUUUCAUGUCUUCAAGUUGCUGUAGAUGCUGAUGAUAAAAGUUUUGUUAGUCAACCAUGUUGUGAUCAACUUUUAAAUAAUAUUUGGCAUGAUAAAAUAGAACCGAUUCAAUUUACAUUACUUCAACAUAUUGGAUUAUUAUUUAGUAUUUGUACAUUUGGUUUAUUAGCACCAAUUUUUAUUACAUUUCGUAAAGUUAAAUUAAUUCCUAUUGAUUUUAAUAAUGAUCGAAAAAGAAAUAAUUAUAUGACUAUUAAUGAAAUAGAACAAGAAACAAAACCAGUAUCUAGAAUAAGAAAAAGAUUAGAAGAUCAUGGUAUAAAUUAUUCUGAUAUAUAUGCAUGGCAAUCAGAUAGUUGUUCACAAGGAUGUUUCGAUUAUUUUCGUCAAUUAAAACAAUUUCAUCAAUCACCACUUAUUAAAUUUUCUUCAACAAAUAAUAGUUCAUGUAUACAUUGGACAGAAAUUUUAUUGAUUAUUAUUGUAACAACAAUGCUUUUUGAAGAUAUUCGACAAUUCUUUUGGCAAGAAAAUCGAUCAAUAAUUGGAAAAUUAUCUAAUUAUUUUAUAAAAAAUCUAUUUAUUACUUUGAUUCAUAUUACAUCAUACAUACUUUUUUAUAUUGGCUUUAUUCUUCUAUUUACAUAUGCAUCUACUGAUGAAAAUUUAACAGUUGCUAAAAUUGUUCUUGCUUAUGAUCUUGAGAUUUGGUAUAUACGAUCAUUAGCUUUUCUUGGCGUUACACGUAACUUGGGACCAAAACUUGUUAUGAUACGAAAAAUGCUUAUCGAUUUAUUUUUCUUUACAUAUAUUAUUUUAAUUGCAAUGAUUGCAUAUGGUGUUGCUUCUCGAGCUAUGUAUAAAUACAAUGAAGAUGAUAAAUGCAAUGAAGAUGCACAUAAUGAUGAUUUAACAUUUAAUGGUCGUUCAAUUUUUCGACAUAUUCUUUAUCCAAGUUAUUAUCUUAUGUAUGGAUCAACAGAAAAGGAAUUAAAAGCACUUGAUGAAAAUCGAGAUCUUAGUACAGCUAUUGCUACUCAAAUUUUAUUAGCUUUUCAUAUGUUAUUUGUUAAUAUUCUUCUUAUUAAUCUUCUUAUUGCUAUGUUUAGUUAUACAUUUGAAACAGUUCAAAGUCAAACUGAUCAUGUAUGGCAAUAUGAACGAUAUUCAUUUAUUCGUGAAUGUUUCGAUCGAUCAUUACUUUUUCCUCCAUUUACUAUUAUAAGUCAUUUGAUUGAAUUUAUUCAUUUUUUAAUACGACUUUGUCAAAAAAGAAACAAUUCAAAUAUGAAAAAAAAUCAAGCAAAAAUAUUUAAAAUGAUUGCUGUUGAUCCUAAAAUAGAUAAAGAUUGGUCAAAAUUUGAAGGUUAUGCAACAAAUCUUUAUGCUCGAAUACAAGCUUCUGGUGCACCUGCAUCAUCAGCUACUGUCGUGCCAUCCAGAACACGUCAAGAUGAUUUACAUACAACAUUAGAUACAAUGAAUACUUCACCAUCAUCAUCAACUAUAGAUUUGAAAACAAUUUCUGAUGAUAUUGCAUCGAUUAAAAGAGUUAUUGGAGAUCUUCGAACAUAUACUGAAGAAAUGAAUAGAUCUAUGCAAUCGAUGAACGAUGCUAAGGAACGAGUUAAAAUAUCAAAAGAAUCAAAACCAAGAAUAAGAUCAGCGAUCACAACUAAUAAUCUAAAAGAAACGGACGAUUAA